UCUAAUGUUUACAGAAUGAAGAGGAACAAUUUCUCUGUUGUGAAUAAAAUUGUCCAGUCUUCACCUGCAGUGAAACAGCCCAAACUUGGGUUCUGCUCUUCUCUAAAACAGACUCAAGUGUCCACUGUUGUUCUCGACUGGGGGAGUCUGCCUCACCAUGUGGUAUUACGAAUUUUUCAGUAUCUUCCUUUAAUAGAUCGGGCCCGAGCAUCUUCAGUGUGUAGGAGAUGGAAUGAGGUGUUUCAUAUUCCUGACCUUUGGAGGAAGUUUGAAUUUGAAUUGAACCAAUCAGCUACUUCAUAUUUUAGGUCUACUCAUCCUGAUCUCAUUCAGCAGAUCAUUAAAAAGCAUGCUGUACAUCUUCAGUAUGUCAGUUUUAAGGUUGAUAGUAGUACUGAGUCAGCAGAAGCUGCCUGUGAUAUACUUUCUCAGCUGGUAAAUUGUUCUAUCCAGACCUUGGGACUGAUUUCAACAGCUAAGCCAAGUUUUAUGAAUGUGUCGAAGGCUCAUUUUGUCUCAGCACUUACAGUUGUGUUUGUCAAUUCAAAAUCAUUAUCAUCAAUCAAAAUCGAAGACACACCAGUGGAUGAUCCUUCAUUGAAGAUUCUUGUUGCCAAUAACAGUGAUACUCUAAGACUCCUAAAAAUGAGUAGCUGUCCUCAUGUUUCAUCUGAUGGAAUCCUUUGUGUAGCUGACCAUUGUCAAGGCCUUAAAGAGCUGGCGCUGAAUUAUUACAUUCUAAGUGAUGAACUUCUCCUGGCACUUUCGAGCGAGACUCAUGUUAACCUUGAGCAUCUUCGAAUUGAUGUUGUAAGUGAAAACCCUGGACAGAUUGAAUUUCAUCCUAUUAAAAAGCACAGUUGGGAUGCACUUAUUAAACACUCCCCUGGAGUUAAUGUUGUUAUGUACUUCUUUUUAUAUGAAGAAGAAUUUGAGCCGUUCUUCAAAGAAGAAACCCCAGUUACUCACCUUUAUUUUGGUCGUUCAGUAAGCAAAGCUACUCUAGGACAGAUAGGUCUUAACUGCCCACGACUAAUUGAGUUAGUGGUGUGUGCUAAUGGUCUUCAGCCUCUUGAUAAUGAGCUUAUCUGUAUUGCCCAACACUGUAAAAAUUUAACAGCUUUGGGCCUCAGUGAGUGUGAAGUUAGCUGCAGUGCAUUCGUUGAGUUUGUCAGACUCUGUGGGAGAAGACUAACCCAGCUCUCUAUCAUGGAGGAAGUUCUGAUCCCUGAUGACAAUUAUAGCCUCGAUGACGUUCAUACUGAAGUCUCAAAAUACCUGGGGAGAGUGUGGUUCCCUGAUGUGAUGCCUAUCUGGUGA